AUGUCUUGCCGUUCACAGCUGUUCCGCGCCCUCAGAGCGCCCGCCUCCGGUAGCGGUAGUGGCUGUAGAAGGACUGCUUCGCUGAGGGUUAACGCUCUCAGGAGAGGCCUCGUCCACUCAAACAACUCCGCCGUCCGAUGCAUCGCGACUACGGCCCCGAGACUCGUGUCCCCGACGCCGGCGCGGGCUCAGCAGACAAAGUUGACGUCCGAGACGUACCCGCAGCUCCAGCGCGACCCCCGGUUCGCUGAGGUCACGCCCAAGCAUGUUGCGCGCUUCCGUGAGAUCUUGGGUAACAACCCCUCGGCCAUCAUCGACGGCAUCACGGGCGGGGCGGGCGUCGACGCGGCCGACUUUGAGACGUACAACGAGGAUUGGAUGCACAAGUACAAGGGCCAGUCCAAGCUGGUGCUCAGGCCCGGCACCACUGACGAGGUUAGCGGCAUCCUCAAGUACUGCAACGAGCAGCGUCUGGCUGUCGUGCCCCAGGGAGGAAACACAGGCCUCGUGGGAGGCUCCAUCCCCGUUUUCGACGAGAUCGUCAUUAGCAUGGCCCGCAUGAACGAGAUCCGCUCCUUCGACGAGGUCAGCGGCUCUCUUGUCAUCGACACUGGCUGUGUGCUCGAGGCCGUCGACUCGUACCUUGCCCAAAAGGGUUAUAUCUUUCCUCUCGACCUUGGUGCUAAGGGAUCAUGCCACGUCGGCGGAAACGUAGCCACAAACGCUGGCGGCCUACGACUGCUCCGUUACGGCAGUUUGCACGGCUCCGUUCUGGGUGUUGAGGCUGUGAUGCCCAAUGGCACCAUCAUUAAUGACCUGUGCACCCUGCGAAAGAACAACACCGGCUACGAUGUGAAGCAGCUCUUCAUUGGUGCCGAGGGUACUUUGGGUAUUAUCACAAAGGUCGCCAUCCAAUGUCCCCAGCGCUCUCCUGCCGUGAAUGUUGCCGUCUUCGGCAUUGAGUCAUAUGAUAAGGCUCAACUUGCCUUCCGUGAGGCCAAGAAGCAGCUGUCGGAGAUACUCUCUGCGUUUGAGCUGAUGGACGGCCGCAGCCAGAGGAUUGUGUCAGAGGUCAAGGGUCAGGUACAUCCUCUCGAGGGCGAGUAUCCCUUCUACUGCCUAAUCGAGACGAGUGGUUCCAAUGACGAGCACGACCAAGCAAAGCUUGAGGCAUUCCUCGAGGAUGUCAUGUCCCGUGAGGUUAUUGCUGACGGUGUCGUUGCCCAAGACGAGACACAGCUUCGCAACCUGUGGGGCUGGCGUGAGGGCAUCACCGAGUGCCUGGGCCACUGGGGCGGCACCUACAAGUACGACAUCUCUAUCCCUCUAAAUGAGAUGUACACUAUAGUUGAAGACACCAAGGCCCGUUUGACAGAAGCUGGCCUCUUGGGUGACACGCCUGACCACCCCGUUGUUGAUGUCCUUGGCUAUGGCCACAUGGGUGAUUCCAACCUUCAUCUCAACAUCCCCGUACGCCGCUACGAUCCCGCAGUUGAAAAGGCCCUGGAGCCUUGGGUAUACGAGUGGAUUCAGAAGCGCAGCGGCAGCAUCAGUGCUGAGCACGGCUUAGGAAUUGCCAAGAAGAAGUUUAUCGGUUACAGCCGAGACGACACCACAAUCGGCCUGAUGAAGCAGAUUAAGAAUCUUUUUGAUCCUUGCAGUAAUGAAAGGCCUUACUGCCAGAAGUGUACAUCGAGUGGACGACAGUGCGAAGGAUAUGAGAGAGAACGAGUCUUCAUCACGGGAACACCGCAGACGAAGGGUAGAGUAGCCUCCCAUCCCAAGAAGGGUUCGUCAUCCAGGACACAGAGGUCGCCGUCGUUCAAAGAGCCACCCAGAACGCUCGAUAUCACUCCAAUUCAUCCUCUAACUUCGGCUUGGGAAGAUCGCACACUUGUGUCUAGCCAAGGCGCCGAGUGUUCGAUUCUUGUCUCAGCGUUACACACAAAGCUUCCGUACAUCUUGGCAGACGACGAUUCAGCUCAUGACGAUUCAGCGUCUUUCAACAUCACGUUUCCACCAUAUGCACCAUCCGAUUUGCAGUCUCUGAUGGGUAAUGGAGACUUUGGCAUAAAGGCCCAAUGCUUGGCACGCUUGCCAAGUGCAUAUGAUCAAGAUGACUCGGUGCAAAGUUACUGUAUCUUCUUCUUCGAGCACGACGCGGGACAUGCGUUUGGCGAGUCAGGAUCUGAUCAAAUGAGAAGAAUGGGACCGGCUUAUUUUAGCCAUUUCCCCAACCAUCACUUCUUUGUCCGAGUAUAUCGGCCUCUUGCUAUUGGAUUCGCUCUCCUAAGCAGACAGGACACUUUCAUCGCAUCUCCUGAUUGGAAGAAUGUUCCAUGGCAGAGACAUCCAAAAUCUCUCCUGGACCACCUACUGGACCUUGUUCUGCUCCUGCCAGCCAUAUUUACUCAGGUAGACCAGGUUCUCCCAUAUGAGGCCACCCUUAAUCGACGACACCAUGCUCAACAACUUCUCCAGAACUGCCUUUCGCUUGAAAGGCAUUUCGAUGCGUGGUUCGAAUUAGCCAACCGACCCAGUUACGAAUAUCCUGUUCCAUACUGGACCGAAGAGCUCGUCAGCCCUGAGGGCCUCAUCCCCUUCCCGGAUUUAUACACUUUCAAAGAUGGACACACCGGGCUUGCAUUUCUGUAUUAUUGGAUGUCACAGAUCCUGUUCCACGAAUGCAUCGAGAGCCUGCACCACGCCAUAUACCAGCCGGUUAUCGAUGCAUAUCCAAAUAUGUGGCCAGAAUUGCCAUUUGAUCUGCAAAUCGAUGUUACUCGAUAUCAACAUAGGCGAAUGUUUGCGGCAGAUAUCUGUCGUGGACUUGGUUCAGUCCUACAUCACACGGUCCAGCCUGAUAUGCUGAUCAUGCCGAUGACUGUAGCGAUGGACCUGUACAGAGAAAUCCACACCACUUCGCAGGAUGGACUGAUGGAGAUUGUGUGGAUCGAUAACUUUCGAUCACGGUUGAUUGAAAAGGGGCAACAUGUCGCUGGCGUUCUGCAGACUCAGAGAUGGUCUGAAGUUGCGACGUUUUGA